UCUCGCAAAAGUUGCAGCUUACAAACUGGCUGAUCAAUAUUAACAAUAAAAAAGUCUGUCAAUAAAUAUAUUAGAGGUUUUCCUCACUUGGUCUUUUAAUUCUUUUAGGAGACCUUGUUCUUUUUUGUGAGUAUUUGUUUGAAGAGUUUGGACUUUAUCAUGAACAGCUAAAAUAUUUAAGCCUGAACGUUAUAUUAGCAAGAUUAAAACAUUGAAUAUUGUGUUUUCUUUACCUGUAAGCCAUAAUUAUCAAAAACCAAACAACCCCAAAUCAUAACACAAUCAGGGUGUAAAUGUAUUAUUAAUCAAACCUAUCCAUAUUUAGAGGUAUUUUCAACAAACACAAACAUAGGAAUCAACAAUGAAGAACAAAUCAUUCUUCCCUACUGAUCAAUAGAAACAUUGAUUUGGCUAAAAUAAUGAAUGGACCUUUAGCAACUUAUUUAAAUAACUCAUGUCUAAGCAGUCUGAGAUCUUUAUCAGACUUUUCCAACCACCUGUUUGGAAAGUUCUCCUGUUCUUAUUUUAUAUCUAGCUAUCUCACAGGGGAUGGUGACCAGAGGACAGAAAGAAAAGAGGGUUCAGUUGCCUCUUGGUGGGCACCUGUUGGACUUCACUCUCACUGUGAUCAUAAAACAAAGGCAAUCCCCCCUUUGCAUUUGGCCUUUCCAAAAUCUCGCUUCAUACAUGAGCAGCAGGCUCCACUUCAUCACCGUCUUUCAACGCAGGGAAAUAUUGGCACAAUGUCCUUUAAAUUCACCUUGGGGAUUGCAUCACAGAGGGCCAUGUUAAUUUCCAUCUACCAGUGUUUAGCAGUUCAAACCAGAUAUGUGUAAAAGAGGAUGGCUGUAGUCCUAAAUAUACCUCAGCUAACCUUAUCAUAUGGUGGAUGUUAAGUGUUGUAUGAGAGUGUGACCCACAGAGAACUAGUAAAACCUCCUCUAUUCUCUGAUACAUUAAAGAAAUAGCAUCACAAAACUAAAUUCAGAAAUUAAAAUGAUCAAGGCAAUAAAAUUCGUCAAAUCAGAUUCACAUCUUCAAACAAAUCUUUAAAUUCAUUUAAAAAUGUGAUUACAGUUUCAACAAAGUCUGUGCCUCAAACAUAUACAACUUUGUCAAGCUCAUUAACUCAAGUUCCUGAGCUGAGUCUAGAGACAAGCUAGACCUUAUGUGUUUGCAACAGGAGGCUGUACAUCUUCAAUACAUGUGUUGUGGAAAGUGUAAUCUUAUCAUUUACUUGUUAUGGUAGCAGCAUCAGAGCCUACAAAAACUGAACAAGCUGAUAAACAGACUAGCUCUGUUCUACGGAUGGUUAUUGAGCUUGGUGAACCCAUUGAGAAAAAAGGAUGUUUCAGAAAAUGAAAAACAUUACAGACUAUCCCACACUUCCCUCACAACAAAGUAUGACCAAACUUACUUGAAUAAAUAUAGAGAAAAAGUAGCAUUAACUAAGAUUGCAUCUCAGGGUUUACAUUGUAUUUUAAAUUGACAGUGUUUCAUACAUUUUCUGUUCUUUGUUAAAGUGGUGUCAACAUGAAAGCCUCCAUUCGGUCAUCUGGACCUUCCAAAAUCACCAUUUUACCAAAAUCAAAAGUUGUCAAUGAAACAGUCCCAAUUUACACAUCAGGUCUAGGAGAAGCCGUGAGGACUAGACCUGCUGGUUAUUACUAUCAGGGUGCAUGGCGAGCACUUGAUGGCACCACAGUUCGUCAGUUUAACAACGGCACAGCAAUGAGCCAGUGUCUGAAAGGGAAGGUGGUCCACCUGUAUGGAGACUCCACCAUCAGACAGUGGUUUGAAUAUUUAGUUGCAAAAAUACCAGGUAGAUGCCAAGUAGAAAUGUCUGCCAGCAAUGAGAAUUGGUUCACACUUCUUUCUGAUCUAUUCUCUGUUAUACAUUCAGAUCUCAAGUUGUUUGACCUGAAAAAUCCCCCAAAAACUGGACCAUUUAUGGCCUUGGAUUAUACAAACAACAUCUUAGUGACAUUCCGCUGCCAUGGUCCUCCUAUUCGUGCUCCUGUGUUGCCGGUCAGUCAGUUACAUUUUGUUGCCAACGAACUGGACAGUGUGGUUGGAGGUAACAACACUGUUGUAGUUAUUGGGGUUUGGGCACACUUCAGCACUUUUCCUGUGGAGGUCUACGUUCGACGUCUGCUGAGCAUAAGGAGGGCAGUGGUGCGGCUAUUAACUAGGGCUCCAGAUACACUGGUUGUCAUCAGGACUGCUAAUCCUAAGAGGCUGACAGUGCAAGAGUCAGUGACCACUGAUGAUUUUUAUUUUUUACAACGUGAUAAGAUACUCAGGGCAAUAUUCAAAGAAGUGAAUGUCCGACUGCUGGAUGCCUGGGAGAUGAGCCAGGCCCACUACCUUCCACAUGACCUCCACCCACCACCUCCCAUUAUUAAGAAUAUGAUAGAUGUUGUUUUGUCCCACAUAUGCCCCAGUGGUGAACUUUAAAGAAGCAUCCAAGAAGUAGAAUACUGUAGAUCUGGGUAGUCGGGGAAGAUAUUGGUGAUUGGUAACACUUACUUUACAGUUUGACCUCUAUCUUCAAUGUGUUAAAUAUUCAAUAAAAAUACACUAAGAACUUAGUGUCUUUCCUCAA